AUGUCACAGGCAGCUCCACUGACGGCACGCGCAACCCUGGCACAGGUCACCAACUUUGGCGCCAACCCAGCGGGAGUCAGAUUGUAUAUGUACGUUCCUGACAGUGUUGCCCCUUCACCUGGAAUUGUGGUUUCCCUCCAUGGUGCCUCUGGAAAUGCCCAGCAACAGUAUCAAUCUACACCUUAUGCCAGACUUGCCGACCAGGAUGGGUUCAUCGCCAUAUACCCCGAGUCAACCCAAGGAGCUUGGGAUGCAACAUCUACUCAAUCACUUGUACACGAGGGCGGAGGCGCCAGCCAGUCAAUAGCUAAUAUGGCCAAAUACGUCCUUAGCACCUACAGAGCCGACACGAACAAGGUAUUCGUAUCAGGGAUCUCCUCGGGUGGUACCAUGGCGAAUACCAUGGCAGGGGCAUACCCGGAUGUCUUCAAAGGGGCUAUCAUCUACUCUGCUGGUUCGGCAGAUAACAUUCGCAACAUGUACCAGGAUAUACUGGCAGUUAUCCAAAAAUACAGCUCUAUCUCGGAGCUGAAGAUACAAUGA